AUUCCCAUCUCGCAGACAGUGUCCACUUAGAGGACCUGCCAGUGUGCAGUUUCAUACCACUGGCAGAGCACAGAGUGGAUGCUCUUUAACAUAGAGGAUCUUCGGUCACACCAAACUGCAGAGUGACCGCCUGCUGCUUGUGGACCCGAGCCAGGAUGACGAUGUUUGCCGAAGUUUCCCGAACAGCUCCGAUCUGAACUGGUCCACAAACCCGACAUCAACCGAAACUCUCCUGCUACUCCCGAUCUGGCCCCAUUGAAGUCUGUUGUUGUCGGGUUGGGGGUGGUGAGGGGGUGGACGAGAUAAAUGAAAUAAAGAAAAAAAAAAGGCGACUUACAGCAAACCAUCACUCCUGAGCCCCUCCCAGCCCAGUGAUUUUCGGAUUCAAGGCUUGACGAAGAUUCAGACUAUUCAAGAUGAAAGUAACCGGUGCUGCAGUGCUUAGCGUCCUGUUCUGCGCGGUUGUGUCAGCAUCUUCAAAAGUCAAAGAAGAACACAGGACAGCAUUCUUUGGUGAGGACAUCCACAUCGAUGUCCCGUCGGGAAAUCUUGGAGAAGUGGUGUUCAAACCCAGGACCAAUCGCACCGCUGAGGUGGUUCUGCUGAAGGCCGGUCAGUUGGUGAAAUCACAGGCCGGGCCACAGACCCGCAUCAACUCCUUAGGUCACCUGGUGUUAGAAGAUGUUCAGGAGAAGGAUGAGGGGGUGUACGUCAUCAAGAACUCCAUCAGCACCAGUGCAGUCAAACACCUCAUCCUGAUUGUCAGGGAUUGUGCUCUGGAACAAGUGGUAAAGUAUGGAGAUACAUACUACAUCCAUCUGAACCAUGUGGCAGGCCCGAUCACCCUGGAGUUCAGGCCCAGUCUUGUACCGACCAAUCAGACUGAGAUACAGCACGCUACCGAGCCUCCGCCCAUCGUUCUUUACAACCAAACCAUGGUGUUGGUGGAGGAAUACGUGGGACGUCUCACUGUGUCGGAAAAACGGGUGACGCUUCACUCAGUCCGGAUGUCGGACGAGGGAAGCUUCACCGUUCUGGAUCGUGACGGCAAUGAGAGGAGGAAGAACUGUCUGAAUGUCAGAGAACACCAGAACUUUAUGCACUUGGCCUAUGGAGCAAACCUGAAGAUGAAACUCUACAUGGACCAUUCCGUUCUCAACAUCGUCUACAGGCCCAAGUCAGAUAACAGGGACCGGGUCAUCCUGGACCAGGGGGUUCUGGUGACGCCGCUGGACCCUCUGCUGGAGGGCAGGGUGACCGUGGAGGGCUCAGAGCUGACCAUGAAGAAGGUCCACAUGGCUGAUACAGGUGUCUUCAAAGUGACCGACCUGGCUGGCUUCCCUGUGGCUCAUGUCUACAUAGAGGUAGAUGCCUAUAAGCUGCCUCCUCUGACUGCAGCCAUCCUCUCCCUGCUGGGUCUGCUCGCCUUCAUGUUGCUGGUGUGCCUGCUGUCCUGUCUCUAUAAAGUACAUAAGAGGAAUGAGAAGAACAAGAAACUAACACUCCUCGCUCAGCAGGCUGGCAAGGGAGACGGCGAGGCUUUCAGACAGGUGGUUCAUGAAGCCUACACAAGGUUCACUGAGGACUCUCUGAUGCAGUCUGUGUGUGAUCAGCCCUCAGAGAGCACAGAGGUUACCAUCAAGGGUCUUGAGGUGUCCAAACCAGGCCGCUACCAGGCUCUGACCUCAGACAAUAACUUUUUGGAGAUGAGCGACUCUGGGGUGGAGUUUACCAGCUCUGGUAUCCCUUUAGACAGCGACACUGACGGUGGAAUGACCUACGCGUCCCACAAACCCCUCCUCAACGCCGUGUCCCCUACAGCCGUGACAGAGGUCCAAGCCGACAGCCCGGAGGUCACCGCGGCCCCUGACGGCGACCUCAGCGCCAGCCGAACCCCCGACUCCGCCAUGAGUGCCAGCCCCGCCUCCAAUCCGCGCUCAUUUGUGGCCGCCACUCCCGACGGCAGCCUGCACGGUGCGCCAUCUCCGGGAAUGGCGUCCAGGGGCACCGCGGGGUCAGAUACAGCGAAGACAGAAGGAGGGGCUGAGAACGGCAAGGCUGGGAAGACGGAGGAAUCCGCUCCCAGUACCUGAGAGGAUACAUGGAGUCGUUUAUUUGUUUUAAACUCAUGUCUCCUUAUACAGUAAUGAUAUCCACAACCAUCUGGCUCUGUGUUUCCAGGAACCCUAUCAUGUCCCAACACCACAACUCCUUGAUCACUGCAUCACUCAAACGGCAUCCCAACCUAAAACAUUCAUGCUUCGCUCCAGAUGUCAGCGUAUCCUAGUCGAACGUAACUAUAAGGCAGUCACACAAAACGCACAAUACAAAAUGUAAUGCACUAUGCACUGAAAAAUCACAUGCAAAAGAGUAACCUCAAGCUCAAUGAAAAGAAAGUUAUUCACGUGCAUACGGAGAAUGCAUGCAUUUAAAUGAAACCAAGUAGAUAUCGUAGUUCCGAUCUGCAGAAAAAAUGCUAGACUGAAUGCAUGCAAGCUUCAACGGGCCAAAGAAGCACAGGCUCAAUUUAUGAUGACGUGAAAAGGGUAGAAACACUUCCGCACUUAUAAGAGAACACUUUAAUUGGAUCAGUUGAUUCAGUUCCUGUCAUUAAAUAUUACACAGGAGUCCAACGGUUUGUCAGUGCGCUCCAAGGAAUCAGACAUUAUAUUUACGACCAAGGCCGCUCACAACAAAAACAAAGAACUUCUCCCCUUCAGGUGAAUCUCAACGUGAUGCCUCCGACAGCACUUUUAUCUGCAUUUCAAGGCAUCAGACAGACACACUCAUUGCAUUUCGUCCUACCACACAGCCACUACCAGACUCUUUUAAUUAACAGUACAAGCAUGUCAGACAGAAGUGCUAUCUCAGCGUUCAUUCAUUCGCCGCUAUCCACGAUAGAAACCUUGUUCGCGUCUUAUUUUUGAAGAAACUGCACAUUGAAACAAGCUCUGUAGAUUGAGUGUCAUCCCUGUUGUUGUUUUCCUUUCUCUCGCGCCUUUGCUGUCAAAUCCUCUCCGCAUUUAAAAGGCAUCACCUGAAAACAAAAAAAAAAAGUUUCCAAACGUCCACUUCAUCUCACUCACGUCAUGACGAAUGCCAGUAAAAAGCAUGCCCAAGAACAACAGCCAACAGUGGAAACUAUCCUUAUUUAUUUUAGUUUCUGUCACCAGUGGAGUCAUCACAAGGCCUGUCAGAGCAAAAUAAAAUCCAGACAAUAUUUUGCAACACUUCUGGGACUUUUGGAACACUUCCCGAGAACGUAAUUGGAUUCCUGGUCUUUUUUGCAGAUGGACCGAUUCACAGACACCGGGAGUGAGGAGCGGUGAUAAAAGAGACGACAGAGAUGGAACAGGGUGCUAUUCGGGGAACAGAUAAAUGACUUGCAUGAUUUAAGGCCUCCUCUUUUCAUCUCGGCCUCCAUCCAUCUGACAGAGCUCUGAUUAUUGUAGCCCAGUUGUUUGCCAAAAUGAAGUGAGUGGAAAGACGCAUUUGGAUCAAUCUGCGAUAACGAUGCAGCCUACAGCCCCAGCGGAAUGAGACUGAAUAACAGUGAUUAUGAGGUGUGUGUGUGAGUGUGUGUGUGUGUGUGUGGGGAGUUUAUACAAAGCUGCCAACAAUAUUAAUAAUCAGUCAGAGCUCUGCAUGGAGACAUGAUUUUAUAGAGGAAAAUAGGAAAAAUAGGAAAUGGAAAAAAAGAGGGAUACUGUCAGGGUUAGUGAUUUGAUCAAUGUCGGUAAUUCAACAACGGAUGAAUCAAAACACACCGUACAUUCAUGCUUUUACUGCAAAUCUAAAUGCAAAAAUCUCUCAAUAUUAAAGAAACUGGUGAAUAGGGCAUCUAUGUUCAUCCUUUUCAGUUAAAAGCUUAAAUAGGAGCUGAGGUAAAUCAGGAAAAGGAUUGAACAUUACUAUACGAAAGUAAUUAAAAUAGUUCUUAGAUUUUUAACAGGGUAACCGGUUAAAUUAACCUACACCCAAUAUUUACAGACAUUUGGGUCAAAUAUGUUAAACUAUUCUGCAAUUAUGUUUCGACUUAAAGGAAAUCAGAUCAUAAUAUUCCUGCAAAGAGCUCUUAAGCAUGUGUUGUUUGCAAAAGGAGCAUGGUAUAAUGCAGUAUGGUGUAGUAUGUUGUCCUAUUAUUACUAAACAGCAUCCUUGGUGAAGAUUUGUUUUUUAAGAGACCUACAAAAAAAGUUAAAGUAUAUUUACCCGAAGGCUGGUGAUCAUCAUUUGCAGUGAAAAAAAGGAAAGAAAAUAAUAGAAGAGCCACACCAGACCACAGAGGAGUGGAAACAGUGGCAUCGGUUCAAACAAAUUAAAAAAGAAGCAUGAAGAGUGUCAAUUAGAUUAAGCUCCCACAGUCCUAACAACUGUUUUUGGCUAAUUAGUUUCCUUUCCUCUCUGUGGAACAAGGCUGUGGGCUAAUUCAGGUCACAGGAAGCUGAUUUACACCAACGUUUCACAAAAUCGGAGCAAGUCGACACAAAUUGCUGAAAGAAUUCCAAUCCUGCAGAGAACCCCAUUCAGAGAGAAACACAUCUGCACCUCUAGGGGAUCAAAUCUGUACAAGUGGCAACAUACAUGACACGCUCCACCAACCGAGAAACAUGAAACCACAUUAGUAGUCAUUAAAAGUCUGAAGUCCCAUUUACCCAUCGCUGUUAUAGACAGUUGUUAGCAGUACGGCUACCUCUCACUGUAACUGAACUGAUGUCAACAGAGAAAAUCUACUUUACCCAAAGCGGUCAGACAGAGUGAUUUUUUUGUGAAAAGCACAACAUCAAUUUUGAAUUUUGAAACAAGGAAAUGAUUCACAUUUGUACUCAAAUGUGGUAAAAAUGAGUAGCAGCUAUUGUAAAUAUAGUAAUCUGCAAAAAA